ACUCGGUCGAGGUAGCUGAGAGGAAUUUCGUGGGGAGGGAACGGGCGAGCGAGCAGCUAGCACUGCUGGAGCAGGCCGGGCCAACGAGGAAAUGCAUCAUUUUGAAGAGGAACUAACAUGUUCUAUUUGCUAUAGUAUAUUUGAUGACCCCCGUGUACUGCCAUGUUCACAUACAUUUUGUAGAAACUGUUUGGAGAGUGUUCUUCAGUUGUCAAGCAACUUUUCCAUAUGGAGACCAUUAAGACUUCCACUGAAGUGUCCCAACUGUAGAAGUAUUGUUGAAAUUCCUCCAACUGGUACAGACGCUUUGCCUGUAAACUUUGCAUUAAAAGCUAUCAUUGAAAAGUAUCAGCAAGAGGAUCAUCCAGAUGUUGCUACAUGUAGUGAACAUUAUAGACAGCCACUAAAUGUUUACUGUCUUCUAGACAAAAAAUUAGUAUGCGGCCAUUGUCUUACAAUAGGAAAACACCAUGGCCAUCCCAUAGAUGACCUUCAGAGUGCCUACAUGAAAGAAAAGGCAACUCCUGGCAAACUCCUUGAGCAAUUGACAGAUAAACACUGGAGUGAAAUAUGUUUGCUUAUUGAAAAUCUGGAGACACAGAAAGCUCAAUGUGAGAAUAUUAUUCAGGAGGAUAAAAAAACUGUGUUGCAGUAUUUUAAGAGACUGAAUGAUGCACUUGAUCAUAAAAAACAAGCUUUGCUUGCAGCUCUGGAUGAAGUGAACAUACAGAUAGUGGCAGAAUAUGAACCUCUCAUUGAAAAGAUGAAGGGAAUACGAGAAGAGCAACUUGAACUAAUGUCGCUGAAUACAUCUGUUCAGGAAGAGGAGUCUCCUCUUAUUUUUCUGGAAAAGGUUGAAGAUAUCCGUCAGCGCGUUAAAGCUUUGAGGCAAAAACCAUUACCAAAUAUUAAGCCGGUUGAAGUCUACCCUCGAAUAGGACAGGUGCUGAAAGAUGUGUGGACCAAAAAUGAAAUUAGUCAGAUCAACAAGAUUCUUAUUCCCAAAAUAAAGCUGAUUUCAAAAAGAAAAGUAUGCAGCCAUGGCUGUGAAAAGAAUAAACAAUCUAAAGAAUUUUUCUGGCCCUUAAGCCCUCUGUCAGUUAUGCUAUUUUUUUUUGUUCUGGCUGUUGUCUUCUUUAACCAGCAUUUAUUGUCAUUUGUAAAUGAGACUGCCUUUCCGUAUUUUGUGGGUGCCUUGCAAAUAGUUUAUCAAGACCUAAGUAAGAGGUUGAAGAUAGUGGUGGAAACUUUGUGGCAUACUUCAAAUCUUCUACUUGAAUAUCUAUGUAGAAUAGUUCCUUCGAUGUGAAUAUUUCAAAUAGCAACUUUUGCUGUGUUAAGAACAAUAUAAAGCCCCUUAUGGAUUAUUUUAAUUUUUUUAACCCUUUUUUUAGCUUGAUGCUUAAACAUAAUAUGGUAGCAAUUAAACACUAAUAGAGUCAACUAUGAAGUUAUCACAGUAUUGCAAACAGAAAUACCAGCAACGAUGUUUAGUUAUUGGGAUGAAUAUUGUAUUAAAAAAGAACCAAUUCUUUGGAAUUUCUAGUCUUGAAAUGUGUGCACAGGCUACCUCUCACUAAUAUGCCUAUAAAUGGAGAUUAGAUGUCCCAUAAAGGCAGGUUGGUAGUCAAGGCAGACUUUGGCUUGACUGGAUAUCUACUGCUAAUAUAGCAUGUACUGUCCUUUCUAACCUUCACAAUUUUCAUAGUCAACAUUUCUUACUAAAUAUCUUUUUUAUGCACAAAGAGCUAGCCAUGUUAGCGAACAUAGAUAUCCUAUGGGAAAAUCUAUUUUAAUUUUUUUCUAUCUGCUAGUUAAGACAGCUAACAGCUAUUAUCAAGUACAAAUAAAAAGAAUGGUCAUUGGUAUUGAAAUAAAUAUAGUCAUGUUUGACUAACCCCAGCAUUGCUUUCAUAGGCCCAGUUCAACCUGGUGCAGAGUGUUUGAAAUCUAAACCAGGUUGUAGCUAGUUACUCAACUGCCAACCAUACCACAUAUCAUUUUUAGCAAUUGAAUGAUGGGCAACUUCACAUGAAUAUAUUCCCAAUGGAGCAGUUCUUAUGGGAUUUGUCCAUCAUGCAGGUGUUUAUCUGUUGUCUGACUUACAUCUGUCAUCUACUUCUUAAGGAUUAUGGGGUCACUUUAUUCUAGUGUAUUCAUCCUUUUAAUUCUUAAAAUUUGUAAUGAAGAUAUUUUUUCCCAGGUUGUGGGAAUUCAGAAUUUGUACUUUUCAGUGUCCUAAAUAUUUUAAUCUUCAUCUCGGAUAACUAUUUACCAUUAUUUUAAAACUAUUU